CCAGCAGGCAGCAGUGCUGUACGUGCAGCCGGAGCUCGCUGAAGUGGUGGACGGUUCCACGGGAACACGAGCUCGCUGCCAGUCACGUCCCAGGAUCUUCAGGACACCGUGGAGAACCAAGACCGACCCAUUCCGGUCUGGGAGGAGGACUGAGCUGCAGCUCCUGUUUAUUCAACCUCCAACUGAAAGCCGAGAGAGCAGAGGAAGGAGCGGAUCUAGUUUUCACAUGCUGUCAAGAUAAAGGCAUUAGAGGUGUCACUGAAUUCGAUUACAAGCAGCUGCAGACAUCAUGGAGGACGAGCUGAUGUUCAGCAUGGAGGAGGACGGCAGCGCCAAGAGACCCCCGGUGCAGAGGAGCGUGCACCAGCUGCGGACGUCCUCCCUCAGCGAUGCCAACGCCAGCGACAGCGAUGACGACGACCACUUCAUCUGCCCCAUCCUGGACGACUCCGCCAGAGAAGUCUGUCACUACUUGAAGGAUCUGGUUUACAGUCGGCAGCUGUCAAACUCUCCCAGGGGCAACUUCAUGUACAGGAGCGAUGAAACAGACACAGCGGCAGAGCCUCGCUCGUACAAGGUUUUGUCUGAGAAAGCACGGGCGGCAUGGCUACACGCGAUCGCAAAGGCCAAAUCCAUGCCCGACCCCUGGGCUCAGUUUCAUCUGGAGGACAUCGCGACUGAGCCGUGCAUCCGUUACAGGUACAACGCCGUCACAGGAGAGUGGGCCCAAGACCAGGUCCACAUCAAGAUGGCUGCCCAGCCGUUUGGGAAAGGGGCCAUGAGGGAGUGCUUCAGAACGAAGAAGCUGUCGAAUUUCUCACACAGCAGCAACUGGAAGUCGGCGUCCAACUACGUGGCCAAGCGCUACAUGGAGACGGUGGACAGAAAUGUUUACUUUGAGGACGUGAGGCUGCAGAUGGAGGCCAAGCUCUGGGGAGAGGAGUACAAUCGGCAUAAACCGCCCAAACAGGUGGACAUCAUGCAGAUGUGUGUGAUGGAGAUGACAGAGCGACCAGGUAGCCCUCUCUUCCACCUGGAGCAUUACAUCGAGGGAAAGUACAUCAAGUACAACUCCAACUCCGGCUUCGUGAGGGACGACAACAUCCGGCUCACUCCGCAGGCCUUCAGUCACUUCUCCUUCGAGCGGUCGGGCCACCAGCUGAUCGUGGUGGACAUCCAAGGAGUCGGAGAUCUUUACACCGACCCUCAGAUCCACACAGAGAAAGGGGACGACUUUGGAGACGGAAACCUAGGUGUGCGAGGGAUGGCGCUGUUCUUCCACUCCCACAUGUGUAACAAGAUCUGUAAGAGCAUGGGCCUGACGCCUUUCGACCUCGCCCCUGCAGAGAAGACGCAGCUGGAUGGCACCAACAAACUGCUUAAGUCGGCCCAGACGAUGCUGAGGGGCUGCGAGGAACCCUGCGGUUCUCCUCGUGUUCGCACCUUCUCAACCGGACGGGCGCCUCCGUUGUUGUCCCGCCUCUCCGAGACUUCGUCUGCAGAUGAGAGCAUGAGCGACGUGGACUCGGCCCCCUGCUCCCCCCUCAUCCUGCCCUGCUCCCCGCUAGCUGCAGUCGGAUCUAUGGGCAAGUCACACACCGGUUUGUCUUUUGCUGGAAUGAACGAGCACGAAAGACUAAACCAUAGCAACGCAGGUGAACACAAGGAGUCGGAUAGCGGCGGAGACAGCGGCUACCCCAGCGAACGGAGAAGCGAUGGGGAUCCAAAUGACCACGUAGACGGGGCCCAUCAUCGCUGCCACAGACAUUAUUCCGAGUCGGACGAGGACAGUGUCAGACGGAGGAAGAUGGUGGCUCCUCCAAGAGUGUCUGCAAACUCAGAUUCAUACAAUCCUGACAAUGAAUGGCUGACAGAAGAGAAGUGGAGUUUCUACCAUUCAUCUCGCGCUCAUGUCCAUCGACCUUCCUGCGUGGCCACCGAGGUGGAGAGACUCAACUCUCUGCUGCAGAAGAAGAUCGGACAAUCAAUCCUCGGAAAGGUCCACCUGGCGAUGGUGCGGUACCACGAAGGCGGUCGUUUCUGUGAGAAGGACGAGCCGUGGGACCAGAACUCGGCCAUGUUCCACCUGGAGAGAGCUGCUCUGUGUGGAGAGCUGGAGGGCAUUGUGGCUUUGGGACAGUGUUACCUGCAGCUGCCUCAUCACAUACUGCCCGACAUGGAGCUGGAGGAUAACGCAGGAAACAGGAUGAAAGGUUUCAAGUAUCUGCUGCAGGCUGCUGAGGCUGGUGACAGAUCUUCUAUGAUCAUAAUGGCCAGAGCCUUCGAUACUGGAAUCAAUCUGUCUGCUGACAGAAAGCAGGACUGGGGGGAAGCGAUUCACUGGUACGACAGUGUGCUGAACAUGACGGACUACGACGAGGGUGGAGAGUUUGAUGGGACGCUGGACGAACCUCGCUAUCUGCUGCUGGCCAGAGAGGCUGAGAUGUACCAAGAAGGAGGUCACGGCCUCACCGCAGACCCUCAGAGAGCAGGCGAUUUGUUUACAGAAGCUGCCGAAGCUGCGAUGGCGGCCAUGAAGGGACGACUGGCCAAUCAGUACUACAUGAAGGCUGAGGAGGCCUGGGCGCUAAUGGAGGAGUAACUCUGAAUGUUUUCUAUCGAAGCCGUGGGAGUUCACGUGUGAUUUCUAGUCACGCUGGUUUUUACACAUUCAGGAGACGACCUGAAUGCUAACAGUUUACAUAUUUAAUAUGACAGAAUUUUUUUGCUGUGGUUUGUUUGUUUGUGAGUGUGUUAAGGUUUCGUUCUUUCCGUUUGUGAAACUAGUCUUCCCGACUGCUAUUUCCAAUAAUAUCCAGUUUCUACAUAACUUCGAGAUAAGUGAAUGUGGCUGUAUGAAAGACAAGCUGUAAAGGAUGAAAGUAAAAAAUGUUUACUUAUUUUACCCGGAAUGUUAAUAAAUUUAUGUUUGAAAAAAUGUACAUAAAGAGAAUAAAGUUUAAAAGUAUUAGUUAAAAUUUC